AUGAACAUAAUCGCUGAGACAGUCAAUGGUACAAUUGAUGGCAUGGUCAACAACAACAAUGCUGCUCCUUCAGCAUCUGGGCAUGUUUCCCACAUCAUGGCUAGUGGUGCUACCCCUUCGUCCAACAAUAGCCCUGAGCAUGUUAUCGUAAAUGGAUCGGCAAAUGCUGCUACAACAAAUGAGGCUUCUCGUGGCAAUCACCUCACAAACAGCAACACUGGAGGUCUUGGUGGCUCAGGGAUUGGCAAUCAUCUUCCCAAUGGUACACAGCUUAUUGCUACUCAGCAUACUCAGAGCAGCAACUCUGGCAGUGGAGGACAGACUAGCUUCAUGUCCCCUCCCCGUGGUCGCUCAUCGGCAUCUCAGCCGGGCAGCCAACAUUCUGCUCACUCUCAUCCUGCUACUGGUGGCCAACAGUUCUACACCCCUAUUGGGGUCUCCCAGACCACUGUUUACAACUCCAGCUUGCCUCAGAGUGUUUCAUACAAUUCGGGUCUUUCUCUUGCAAGCCCCAGUCACACUCCGCACCACUACAGCGGACACCGCAUGAGUGCUUCGCAGUCUACUCCCAACUCGGGACCUAACCAGCAUCUGACAGAGCCGCGAAAUUACGCACCACGAUCAUCCGCCCACGGUAUCAACAGCUUACCUCCUCCUCGAUUCGACUUGGGUCUGCAGGCUACUCCUAUGACACAUGAGUCCACCCCCCAGGACCCUUUUGGUAGUCCCGAACGUGCUGAACCUACUGCAUUGAUUCCAUUCCCGAAUCUGCCCCCGCCCGCUGUACAGCAAGCCAUGCUCGCGGCCCCUAUGGCCGGACACUUAGCCAGCAACAUGUCACCUGAGCUAUCCAAGUUGGUAGACACUCCUUCAGGCCUUCCCACCUUUGAGACUGCAAUGAAACCUGAGUUCUUUCCUUUUGCAAGCGGCCCUGGCUCUGCCAAAGCCUCUGUAGCCGGCGCUGUUCGUCUUAAGAACAUACCCUUCUCAACCAAGCGCGCCGAGAUUGUGGCUUUUAUCGGCCGCAAUAGUCGUAUGUUGCCGGAUGUGGAAGAGCCCAUCCAUAUAAUCAUGGACAGGGCAACGUCCAAGACCAUGGACGCCUUCGUGGAGUUUGUUACCAUGGAGGAUGCGAUGCGUUGUGCCGAGAAGCAUCACCAACAUUCUCAGGCUGGCCGUGUGAGUCGUCUUGGGGAACGCUCCAUUGAGGUUGAGCUGUCGAGCCAGUCUGCUCUCAUGCAGGAUCUCUUCCCUCUUGCUCACGGCGUGUUUUGGGAUGGUGCAACUCCUAAGGUACUCCCAAACAACCAUCAAGAGCCUUGGGAGAACUUCAAAGGAUUCAUCUCCCCUGAAGAGAUGGUCAUGCUCGUCAAGCAUGUUGAGGUCCCUCAUCGAUCUCCAUUCUCGAAGGAGUGCCCCCAGCGCCCCUACGAGUGCCUCAUCAGCACUCUCCGCAAGUUUCCCUGGUAUGCCGCUGACCACAUCACCAUUUCUCAGCGGGGUGCCAUGUACAAGGCGACUAUCAAGCUCCUUCGUCUGCUCAGCAGAUCAGUUUCGCAGCAGGAUGAUCCUGUCAACCUCACCUCCCAGCUUUUUCAGCGAGUUGUUCAGACUGCGAUGCAGUGUCAUGGCUUUACCGCCCUUCAGAAGGAUAACAUUGCCUUCAUGGUUCAGAUGAUCCCCAUGGAGCAGCAGCGCCGUCACCACCAGCCGGCCAACGCCAACUGCUGGGUUCACCAGUACGCCAUCACGCGAAAGCCCGAUGCUCCUCUCGACCUUGUUGAGUGGUACAUUCGUCUGAUCCGUGAGCAGAGCACUCGUGAUGUCCUGGUCCGCCCUAUCCAUGAGCGUACUGUCAUUCAGGAAACACUCAAGGAGACUGAUGAGUACUGGGGUUAUUUCUUCAACGAGGUCAACUACAUCCAGGGUCCUCAGUUUGAUCAAAUGACUCUGGGACAGUGUGCCUACCUCGAGCUUUCAGCUAUUGAGCGGAUCCUUGGCCGCGCUCUCGGCUAUAACUGA